AUGAGCUCGGCCCUUCGGCGAGGGACUGCCCAGCCCCUUCGCUGGGCGACUGCUUCCAACGCCAUCACCAUCAACACACUCCGACCAUGCCUCACCAUCACAAAGACCAACAUGGUUGCCCGCCGUCACAUCCACUCCUCUGAGCGACGCACAAACACCAUCGUCGAGCAGCAGCAGAUCCCCGAUCCUCUUCCUCCCAUCGCUCCCAGCAAGGCGCCUCUCUCCGUUCUCCCUCUCAUCAUGAUUCUCCGAUCUCUCGCCACCAUGACCGUCUCCUCCUCGCCUCUGCUCCUACCUCCCUCUCUGCACGUCAUGGGUAUUCUGGCCAACACCACCAACCCUCUGCUCAACCCCGACAAGAACCCGCUUCUGCGAUAUUUCCUCAAGAAGACCUUUUACGCUCAGUUCUGCGCGGGUGAGAAGUCACCUGAGAUCAAGAAGACUAUCGAUGGACUCAAGAACAUUGGUUUCACUGGUGUUAUUCUGAACUACGCCAAGGAGGUUGUCCUCACCAAGGAUGAGGGCGAGGGUCUGAAGAACGGUGCCAUGGAGACCGACGAGUGCAUUCAGAACGAAAUUCUUCCCUGGGCUCGAGGCACUCUCGAGACUGUCCGACUUGCUGAGCCUGGUGACUUUGUCGCCCUCAAGUUUACUGGCGCCGGAAGCAUCGCUCUCUACCAGCUUAAGGACCGUCUUCCUCCCAGCCCCGCCAUGUACAAGGCCAUCGAUUCCAUUUGCCAGCUUGCCCACGAGCGAGGUGUCCGCCUCCUCUUCGACGCCGAGCAGGACAUGCUCCAGGACGGCAUUGACGACUGGACUCUCGAGUUCACCCGCAAGUACAACAAGGGACUUGGCGAGGCUGUUAUCUUCGGUACCUACCAAGCCUACAAGAAGAAGUGCCCCGAGGUUCUCUCCAACCACCUGAAACUCGCUCAAGUCGAGAACUUUGCUCUCGGUGUCAAGCUUGUCCGUGGCGCUUAUCUCAACUCUGACCCCCGCGAGCUCUUCCACGACACCAAGGAGGAGACCGACGCCUGCUUCGAUUCCCUCGCUGCCAGCGUCCUCACCCGCGAGUGGAACAUUGACGUCAAGGGUUCCGGCGAGUACCCCGCUGCCAGCCUUGUCGUCGCCUCUCACAACGCCGAGUCCGUGCGACGAAGCCGCGCCAUCAUGGAGGCCGGCCGAGCCAAGUCCGACAUUGCUUUUGCUCAACUCCAGGGCAUGGCUGACGAGGUCAGCUGCGAGCUCGUCGAGGCUGGCCAGUCUGACAAGACCAAGAGUCUGCCUGCCUACAAGUACCUCGUCUGGGGGACCACUGGCGAGUGCAUGAAGUACCUCCUGCGACGCGCACACGAAAACAAGGACGCCGUUCAACGAACCAGGGGCAGCCGGGAUGCUCUCUGGGCCGAGCUUGUCCGACGAUGCAAGAGCGCCGUCGGCUUGGCUUAA